GCAGCGAUGGCUUAUGAUCGCUAUGUGGCCAUUUGCAACCCACUGCAGUACCACACCAUGAUGUCCAAGAAACUCUGCAUUCAGAUGAUCACAGGGGCCUACAUAGCUGGAAACUUGCAUUCUAUUAUUCAAGUGGGAUUUCUGUUUAGGUUAACCUUCUGUGGGUCUCAUCUAAUCGAUCACUUUUUUUGUGACGUUCUUCCAUUAUACAGACUCUCCUGUGUUGACCCUUAUAUCAAUGAAUUGAUGAUACUUAUCUUUGCUGGGUCAAUUGAAAUGUCCACUAUUACUGUAGUUGUAAUCUCUUAUCUCUGCAUCCUUUUCACAAUAUUCACAAUGAAAUCCAAAGAGGGACGUGGUAAAGCCUUAUCAACCUGUGCAUCCCACUUUCUCUCUGUCUCAAUAUUCUAUGGCUCUCUUCUCUUCAUGUACAUUAGACCAAGUUCAAUUAAAGAAGGGAAUAAGGAUAUACCUGUUGCUGUUUUUUAUACUGUAGUAAUUCCUUUAUUAAAUCCUUUUAUUUAUAGUCUAAGGAAUAAAGAAGUAAUAAAGGUAAUUAAGGGAAUUAUGUCAAAGAAAUAA